UUCAUUUCAAAAGCAUGGAAUUCAAUAUAUUUUUACUUUUUGGCGUAUGUGCAAUAAUCAAUACACAGUUUAACUAUCACAUUGUUAACGCUUUACUCGGCUCGGGUGUUCGUAACGCAUUUGAAGAAGAGUUUCCGUUUAUCGUAGCAUUUAGACGUAUAAACAAUGUCAAUCCUAAUCCUUCCCGCGAUCAUAUUUGUACGGGAGCGCUUAUUACCAAACAGCACGUACUUAGUGCUGCACAAUGUCAUGAUCGUAGAUUGGUAAAUCAAACGAUUGUUCUCCAUGGAUCGAAUUCGCUACUCUAUUGUACAACAUAUAGAAUAUUGUGGUGGAUAACGUUUAAUAAGUGGGCUGACUUAACAGGGAGAAAUCAUUUAUUCAGUGAUAAUGACAUAAGCGUUACUAAGUUAAUCUAUGAAGUACAAGGAAACGUUGAACCAGCUCUUUUAUCCUCAGUACCAUACGAUGAUUUAGUUCAUGAGGAGGUUGAUUUAGCAGGAUGGGGUGUAAACUUUCGACGUGCAGUAUCACUAAAUAUGCUUACAGCAAAAACAAGAAUCUUAUCAAUUAGAGAAUGUGAAAAUCAUAUUCAACAUCUUGUUGACCGAAUAAUAGGCAUUCACGAGAGGCACUUCUGUACUUUCCACGACCCUUUUGUUUUAAUGCUACGCGGAGAUUUUGGUGGACCGGUCCUCCACAACCAUAAAAUUAUUGGAGUUAACAAAAAUGUACUUCCAGAUUUGGGGAAAGACUAUAACCAAUUCAAAGUGAACAUUCACACAAGUAUUAAUUAUUACAGAGUCUUUCUUACAGCUGUAACAAAUGAGGAUUUUAAUUUUGAAAAUUAACUAUA